AUGUGGCGACAUGAACACUCUUAUAUUCUUUGCUUGCGCCGUGCGCGGCAGGCGACGGCGGCGGCGACGGGGGCUGGGGCGGCGGGCGGCGAGGAGAAGAUCCUGAGUGACGGCAACGACGUCUUCACCGCCAACAUGUUCUCGGAGGUGUUGAAGGAGAAGGGCGGCGAGAGCGUGGUGAUGUCCGGCUUCUCCGUGCUGCAGCCGCUGGCGCAGCUGGCGCUGGCCUCCGUGGGGCCCUCGCACGACCAGCUGCUCAAGGCCAUCGGCCUGCCCAGCGACGAUGUGGCGAAGGCAGUGUUCCCCAAAGUGAAGUCUCAACUCCGCGCAGUGAAGGGAGUGACGCUGAAGAUGGCCAACAAGAUCUACAUCCCGGCCAACGCCGAGGUGCAGGACGACUUCUCCGCGCUGCAAGAGGUCUUCGGCUCCGAGUUCAAGAACAUCGACUUUACCAAGAAUGUGCCCGCAGCAAAGGAAAUCAACACAUGGGUGGAGGAUCAGACGAACCACAAGAUCAAGGACUUGGUCGACCCGAACUCCUUGGGCGCCGACACGCGUGUGAUCCUCGUCAACGCUCUCUACUUCAAGGGUAAAUGGGACACCUUCAGCAACCUGUCGACGAGCGAGCGCGACUUCCACGUGACCAACGACAAGACGGUGAAGGUGCCCACCAUGUACAAGAAAGACUACUUCAAGUACGCCGAGAGUGCGGAGCUCGACGCUAAGCUGUUGGAACUGCCAUAUGAAGGAAAGGAGGCGUCUUUCUUGGUAGUGCUGCCCAACCAGGUGGAGGGGCUGGCCCUGCUCCAGGACAAGCUGCGGGACCCCGCCGCGCUGAACACGGACGUCGCCGAGAUGCAAGAGGUGGAAGUCAACGUCUAUCUUCCCAAGUUCAAGAUUGAGACUACUAUCGACCUGAAACAUGUUCUGCAAAAGAUCGGCGUGGUGGACGUGUUCGACGGCGCCAAGGCCGGGCUGCGCAAGCUGCUGCAGGGCGAGCACGAGCUGUUCGUCAGCGACGAUCAGAAGGCCUUCAUCGAGCUGAACGAGGAGGGUGCCGAGGCUGCUGCGGCUAAUG